GGCCUUUUAUCCAUUAAUGUUGUUAAUGAUCUGACUUUUUUUUUUCAGGAAUUUUCUCAGUGCUGAGUUUGUCAUCUGAAUGUACGUCUCUUGCUGCUGAACUCCCAAAGGUGUCCUAUGUAAAAGCAAUUGAUGUCUGGCUUAUCACCUGCCUUUUGUUCGGGUUUGCAUCCCUGGUUGAAUAUGCUGUAGUUCAGGUGAUGCUGAAUAGUCCCAAGAGGAUUGAGGCUGAAAAGGUUAAAAUGGCAAGCAAAGAGCAGGCAGAGGGAAAAACUCCAGCAAAAAAGAAUACAGUAAAUGGAACAGGAGGCACCCCUGUUCAUAUCAGCACUCUGCAGGUUGCAGAAACUAGGUGCAAAAAGGUGUGCACCUCCAAAUCUGACCUGAGGUCUAAUGACUUCAGCAUCGUUGGAUCUUUGCCGAGAGAUUUUGAACUGUCAAACUAUGACUGUUAUGGAAAACCCAUAGAGGUGGAAAGUGGCUUGGGGAAGUUGCAGGCCAAAAAUACCAAGAAGCCAGCUCCACCUAAACCUGUCAUUCCAUCUGAAGCGAAACGAAUCGACCUUUACGCUAGGGCUUUGUUUCCUUUCACUUUCCUGUUCUUUAAUGUCAUAUACUGGUCUGCAUACUUGUGAUCAUUUUGCCAUCAAUGUUAUCCAUGUAAAAUAUGUUAACGUUUGCCCUAGGGUCAGUCUGACUUUUUUUUUCCAUCUGUAAAACAUCAUACUGCAUUGUAGAUGCUAUGUGAUUGGAAGAAAACUUUAAAGCAUCUACAUUUUGAAUGACAGCAUGACUUUGCAACAUCUGUGCUCAAGCCAAAAUAUGGUGUAUAUAGCUGUACAGCAAAUGCCUUUUUGGGAAUAUUGGGCAGGAAAUUACAUAAAACAUCCUGUGUGAAAAGAAGAGUAUCUUUUUGUUUUAUUUUAAUUAAGGAAAUUAAAGUUUCUAAUAGAAUGCAUGUUUAACGUGUGUGUGUGUAUAUAUGUCUAUAUAUACACACACAUACAUACAUACAGUAGAGAGUAAAUUAUCCGAUCUUUGAUCAACCGUACUGCCUAAUCAGCCAAACACACCUGUAAUCACAUGAUUAAUUACGUGUGGUGUAUUACGCACACAACUUUUGUUGCUAAAACGGCUACCAGAUUUAUUUGCCAAAAAAAGGACCAGCAGGCUGAAGCAAAUAAGUUACAGAAUUAGUCAUACCACCAAAAUAUUAAAUGGAGCAUUGUUGCUUUAAACUUGCAUAUUUUUAUGCUUAAUAUGAUAAAUAGGUAACUAGCUAUUAUCAUCAGUAGGUACUUGUGUGCUAAGUACUUGCGUGUUAACUUUAUUCUAUGCAUUAUUAAAGGUUCAGUAAUUGUUAUUAAUACCUGUUUGGUUAUCCAUACACAUUGAUUAGGCAAACUUGUAUCGGUCCUAAUUAGUUAGGAUAAUUGACUCUCAAUUUUAUUUAUAUAGAAAAAUCUAUUUAACCCUAUUUAAUAUUCUGGAAAAUUGUCUUAAGAAAUAGUUAAUUACCUUGUUCUUGUUUUGAUGGUUGAUGGCAUUGUCCCCCUCAAAUGGGUAUUUGUAAGAUAUCUUGGAUCAAGCACAAGUUGUGUUUGUAAGUGACAGAAAACAUUAACUCCUGUCUGUAGAAUUUUAAAAACUAAUAAAGAUCAGAUGACAAAUACAA